AUGAUCGUUCCUUCCAUCUCUUCCCUGGCUCUAACAGUGGCCACUGCUGCUGGUGCAGUUGCAGCCGCAGCAGACGCGAACUCUAACUCUAAGCUCUUGACCGGCGGCACCGUCAUUGCCUAUGAUGCCACUAGUCAGAGUCUCCAAGUGGUUCGAAACGGCUCAGUCCUGAUCGUGGACGACACGAUUGAGGCAGUCUACUCCGGCAACUAUGACGGUCAGCUGCCUUCGCACGUUGAAGUUGUCGACACAACUGGUGACAUCAUCACUCCCGGCUUCAUCGACACCCACCGGCAUAGUUGGCAAACUGCGUUCAAGACCUUGGGAUCCAACACCACUUUGGCGGAAUACUUUGACCGCUACAGUGAGUAUUCCGUCAACGGCGAGUAUACCCCUGAGGACGUCUACAUCAGCCAGUUAGCGGGUCUUUACGAAGCUAUGAACGCGGGUGUCACCACCAUCCUCGAUCACGCCCACCACACCUGGUCCAAUGAAACAACCGACGCCGGUCUGCAAGCCUCCAUUGACAGUGGCGUCCGCAUGGCCUGGUGCUUUACCUUCCACAACGUGACCAACUUUACCUUCGCCGAGCAGGUGGCCAAGUUCGAAGAGGUGGCCAGAAGUGGCCGCCUGGACGGAACUGCCACGACCUUGGGAAUUGCCUAUGACGGCUUCAACCCGGGCAGUCCUUCUGAGACAGAGGAGAUCAUUGCUCUUGCCAAGAAAUACAACGUCUCAGCCAUCACAACCCACUCCCUCCAGGGUAUAUGGGGAGCUAUUAACUCCCCCGAAGACCUCCAAGCCCUCGGCAUCCUCAACACCUCCAUUCCCGUGGUCUUCUCACACGGCAGCUUCCUCACCGGCGAGGGUGCUUCUCUUCUCCGCAGCACCAACCAGUACCUAUCCAUUACCCCCGAGUCUGAAAUGCACUACGGGCACGACCACCCCUAUAGCCACCUAGUGCAGGACCAAGCUGCUUUGGGCGUCGACACCCACUUUACCUACUCCUCGGACAUCCUCACGCAAGCCCGGAUGUGGCUGCAGAGCGCCCGCGUGACCUUCUACCGCUGGGUCCUCAACAACUGGAACAUCCCCGCCAAUAACCCUAUGUCGGUCAACCAGGCGUUCCUGCUCGCGACGCAGAGGGGAGGGCUGGCGCUGCGCCGGCCGGAUCUAGGUGUUAUUGCGCGGGGCGCCAAAGCCGAUGUUCUUGUUUGGAAUGGAAACUCUCCCGGUAUGCUGGGGUGGGAUGAUCCUGUGGCUGCGGUUGUGCUGCAUGCGAAUGUAGGUGACAUCAAGCAUGUGCUUGUGGGCGGGGCAUUCCAGAAGCGAGAUGGGGCGAUUGUUGCCAGUGGCUAUCCAGCUCUUCGGGAACGGUUCCUAACCACGGCUAAGAAGAUCCAGGCGAUUUGGAAGAAGAAGGCGCUGCCGGUGUUGGAGGGGGAUUUCCCUGAGUCUGGGUAUGAGUAUGGUCGUGUGCCGCUGGCCGAUGUUCAGCGUGGAGAGGGGACUGGCUAUGGCGAGCAGUAUCUUUGA